GGGCUUCAACCCCUACGCCCGCAGCACCCUGCAAGUCGCUACUCCAUCUCUUCAACCGCGCCUUUUGCCUCAACGGCUUGCGAUUCGACCUUCACUCUUACCUGUAACCAUACUUCCCAGCCCCAUGCAGGCAUUAGCAUCUAAAGGCAGGGUCUCGGAUCUUACGAGGCCUUCUUACGGCCUCACUAGUCUCUCAUCUACUUCUUCCUCUGCACUGACUUCGUCAGCAACAGCGACACUUCUCAUGCCGCCUGCAGAUGCUGGGACUACCGUCCCUUCUGGAUUGCCUUCAGGUGGCUUGAGCAAUCGGUUCGUUUCCAUCCUUCCUACAUCUGAUGCUGGUAAUAACACAAUCGGCUCUGCCUCCGAUUCUCCUUUUUUGGGCAGAACUGCUUCCUCAACAGUAUUGGUUGGAGCCCGCUGUGCUGGUCAACAGAGCUUGGGUGUAACUACUGGGCUUCUUUCUCCUACUGCUCGUAUCUUGGCACGACCUUCAAAUAAUUUAGGCUCUUCUGGCAAGGUCGUUCAAUCCUCUCUUUUCUCCCCCGCUUUUUCUUCUAUUUGCACACCCGCCACAACUGUUCCAAAUGCUAACAGUGCUUCAGCUACCCUGUCUAUUGGAUCAAAUUCCAUCCCUGGAACAAGCGGACUGCUACCUCGUUUGAUAGGUUUGCCUUCAGAUACAAGCGGCAGCAUCCCUGGCACCUCAUUUCGGCUCAUUCGCCCGAUGCAAACUUCUCCACUUUUAACUUCAUCUCGCCAACCUAAUCUCUCCCAUCAGAUGGUUAAUAACGCGCCCCCAGCUACUGUCAAUUUGACUGGCCACUCUACGUCUGUGUCUUCUUUUAAACAGACUUCCGAAAUCCUGGGUCUCAACAAUAGCCAAGCAAUUCAGUCUAGUGGCACCUAUACGCCCGCUUUAUCUGUAAGUGCAUCAACAUCUGCCUCAGUGACUGCCUCUUCAGCUCUAAGUUCUCCGGUAUCGAUUACCUGCCUAAAUUCUGAGAGCAGGCCCACUACCCCAGUGCGGAUAGCGCCUCACUCCAUCCCUACAGUUUCCAACAGCCCCCUCCUCGUUAGUGCAACUCCAUCCCGCAGCCUUAAUAUGGGUUUUAGCCAAUCACCCACUUUGGUAGCUCUAGCUCCGAAUCCUGUAUCUAGCAGCGGAGCAACUAUGAAUUCGCUGACUGGAACUACUGGGGCCGGACAGUUGCGUACCUGCGCUCUUUUACCAGAUGGCAGACAGCUCUUGAUAGGUGCAGCCGACCUCAACACAGGAUUGCCUACUUACCCUCCUAAUCUCAGUGUCAAAACUGGAACUCCUAUGCUAACUCCUCAAACACAGCUUAAUGUUCCAAGAACAAUUCGAAAUGCUGCGAUGCCUGCGCAUGUUUUGACGAAUCUUAACAGGCAGUCAUGCCAACAAAAUCAGACCAUUACUCUUCUCCGACCAUCGGUUCCAGUUUCAUUGCCCAUCUCUUCAGCCCCCAGUCCUUCCACAACAGUUUUUCUGCAAGCACCUUCGGGACAGACUUCUAAUAUGACGCAGUUCGUCCAGAUUCUACCCAAGCCUACCCCUGCACCGCUAAAUGAUAGGUCGACAGUUAAGGUUUUAGGAACAAAGGUAUCCCUUCCCUCUGGGCGCCGGCCUCUUUCCGACACAAGUACUUCUGGUUCUAAUCCUAAUCUUAUGCCGCCAGCGACCUCGAGUACAAGCAUGCCCAUCACUACUACUAACAGGUCUGCCGAGCCAAUGACGGCGAAU